AUGCCUCCAUUUAUACCACCUUCAUUUGAAUCAAUUGAAGCAAAAGCAUGGGCCUGCAAUACCGUCGAUAGUCUGCUGUCAACCCCGGCUCCCAUCACGUUCGAACCAUAUCCUAUCAGCGACAUUCCUCAGACAUCCUUGAACGAUGAACAGCCCACCACCACGGUAUUUACCCCGCCUGAACGUAAAAAAGAAGCGAUGCGUCGAUCCUUUUCACUGUUGGAAAGCCGGUUGUUCCGUUCGUCGCGCAACAAUUCAUUUUACACCAACGAUGAAAAGUAUGAAGUCAAUCUUCGUCAUCAAGAAUCCAAUUCGGAACCUAUUAUACCGACUAAUUGCCAAUCUCGAUCGUCGUUCUCCCGCCUUCGUCGUCCUUGGACAUUCGACGCUCAUAUUCCUGUACCGUUUUCGACUCGGUCUGCUCAAUUGGCACGGUUCGUGGUAGCCGAGUUGAUCACCACCGAAGAAACCUACCUCAAUCACCUUACCAAUUUAAAAAAUGUAUUUAUCGAUCCAUUGCUUGAAGCUGCAGACACUCGGCAUCACCCACCGCUCGUGAAUAUGCGUGAUGUACAAACCAUCUUUGCGUAUGUACCACAGUUAAUGGUACUUUCCAGUAUGCUUGUUCAACGCCUGCAUGACGGCAUUCGUGUAACCGAAGAUGCACCGAGUUUGGUCGGUCGAAUUUUCUGUGACUUGGAAAAAGCUUUUGAAGUGUAUAUUUGUUAUGCGGCCAACUAUCGUCAAUCACAAAAAUGCCUCUUGAAAGCCGGCCGUAAUGUGGUAUACCGACAAUUUAUCCAGGAUUCGUUACGUAAAAAGGAGAAUCAUCGGAUGGGAUUAGCCGAUUACCUAAUUGCUCCUAUUCAACGUAUCACACGCUACUGCCUACUGUUAAAAGACCUGAUAAAGAACUCCAAUCCGAGCCACUCGGAUUAUCCUUGCAUUGAAAAAGCCCUGAAAUCACUUACCGCUCUUGCACUGGCAAUGAACAAUAUCCAAUAA